GGGGUUUUCCGGCGCUCCGCCCAGCGCUUGGCACAGAGUGAGCGCUGCCGAAGCGGGGUCGGGGUGUCUCGUUCGGGCUGGGGCCCGGCCAUGGCUCCGCUGCCCCUGCGCUGCUUGCUCUGGACCUGCGCGCUCGUGGCGGCCCAAGGAGGACGGAAGACCUCGUGCGACGAAGACACCCACUACGAGAACGGCGCCUUCUGUUGCCGGCUGUGCCCGGCGGGAACGAAGAUGGCGGCGGAGUGCGGCGAGGACGACGGCCCGUCUCAGUGCCGGUCCUGCGGAGAAGGAGAAUUCCAGCCUCGGCCCAACCGGGACCCGCACUGCCGUCCUCACAAGUUCUGCAAUCGGAAUGCGGGCUUCGUGGAGGUAGCCCGACCCACCGAGGAAAAGGACACCCUGUGCGUCUGCCAACCCGGCAUGCACUGCUCCGGAUCCAUGUGCGAAACCUGCGUCCCCCACACCCCGUGCUCCCCGGGUUUCGGCGUCAUCCGGGCCGGAACGCCGGAUUCCGACACCGAGUGCGGCCCCUGCGAGCGGGGCUUCUCCAACGUGUCCUCCGCCUCCGAGCCGUGUCGGCCCUGGACCAGCUGCGGAGCCACGGGGUUGACGGAGACGUCGGCCGGGACGGACACUGCCGACGCCCUGUGCGGGCCGGUUUAUGUCCCAGCAGGGCCCAAGUCCCGGGAGACGCUGUCCGUCCUGCUUCCGGUCACGGCGGGCGUCGCGUUCGCCGUGGUGUGCGGGCUGUGCUGGACAGCUUCCUGUUCCAGGAGGAAAAUCCAGAAGCAGAAGCUGAAGCAGGUGGAAUUGGAGGAGGGGGUGGUCCCCCACGCCGGCCCCCAGGAGGUGGAGGACCCCUUCCCGAUCCAAGAGACCGGGAAAGAAAGUCACAUCUCCGAGCAGGAGAGGCAGUGAAGACCGCCCGCCCGCCCGCCCGCCCGCCCGUCCGUCCGUCCAUCACCGCCCGGCGCAGAAGGCCGGACCGGGCCUAGCGGGGGGCUCCUGCGACCGCCCCCCAUCUUCCCACCACCACGGCCGGGACCUUUGGGGGGCUCAACCCCCCCACCACCACCCUAAGCCGCCCCCCGCCACCCUCUCCGGCGUCUAAGACCCUGCCCGCUCCCCGACCGCAAGCCGGGAGGGCGGCGCGGAGGAGGAGCCCCGCGUGACGGAGACGGGGAGAGGGGGAUGGGGGAGAGACAGAGACAGUGAGAGAGAGCGCGAGACGGAGAUGCAGGGAGAGGUGCCCGGAGACAGAG